AUGGAUACACACACUCUCGGAGCGCCAGAAAUUGAAUUGCAAUCAGCAAUACAGGAGAGAAAUCAAGAUAGCAGGCUUUCACAAGACACCGUGUUAUCAAACAAAACAUCCAGUUCGAAUUCAACAUCAGUAGCGUUGGAUACAAUUCCGAACACAGAGGCAGUCAACGAGGCUGGAAAUAUAAAGAAUAUAGAAGGAAAAGAACAGAAGAAGCAAUCGUCGUUUCAGGUGUUCGUCAGAAUCCGUCCAUUGGAUGAUACAGCCCCAGAUACGAUUACAACACGGCUCAGAAGUUUAACAGUUGAAAAUGAUAACCAACUACAAUUAUGUACAAGACCAAGUAAAGCAAAAGAAAGUAAUGGUACGAAGCACCUCUUCACCUUUGCUCAUGUGUUUCCAGAGAGCACUCCACAAAGAGAAGUUUUCGAAGUAUCGGCUCAAUCGCUUGUCAAUGCUGUUUUAACGGGUCACCGAGCAUGUGUUGUUUCGUAUGGAAUACCAAACACAGGAAAAAGUUACACAUUGUAUGGCAAAGCAACAAGUGGAAAACAUAGAGGAAUUAUCAUGCGAACGAUGGAAUCCAUGUUGAACAUUGUGAACAAUGACACAGCUGAAAACACCUCUUAUGACAUCACAACAUCAUUUCUCCAAUUGUACAACGAGAAAUUCUAUGAUCUCCUGGACCCAUCGAAAUCAGAUGGACUCAAGAUUCAAGAGAAUGGAGAUAUGACAUCGAUUGAAGGAUCUACUCAAAUAACAAUCAAAACAGCUGAUGACGUCAGCAAGCAGUUAAGAAGAAGUCCAAACAGAAUGAGAGAUGCUGGGAGUCGAAGUCAUACCAUAUUCACUGUAAGAAUAAGAAAAGAAGAAAUGAUGACAGCGGGAGAUAACGAUGAUGCAGCGGAAGAAAGUGUCAAAGUAACUGAAGGAGAAAUGAGAUUCGUUGACUUGGUCGGAGUUGAAAGGUCUGUGAAGCAUGCUACGUACGAGUCACCGGCAGUUGGAAGUGCGGAAGCAAAAACAGUUAAAUCGCUACAGCUAUUCGCGAAUUUAGUCGUAUCACUUGCAAACGAUAAAAAUGCAGUAGUUGGAUACAGAGACUCGAAGUUAACAAGAUUAUUGCGCAACGCCCUUGGUGGAGACUGCACAACGAGAAUGAUUGUGACAACUUCGCCGUGUCCUAAUCUAGCUCACGAAACGCUCAGUUGUCUGCAAUUUGCUCAGAAAGCGUGUCAAGUCAUCAAUCACCCGUUACCAAGAGUCGAUAUUGUAAACAGGAGAAAGAAAACUGAUACACCGGAAUCACCAGAUCCCAAAAAUGAAGAAAAACUUGAACAAAAUAAAAAACUAUCCCAUCUAUCAUCAACACCAAGUUCGUCACCUUGCAAUAAACUUCCUCCGAUUCACACAAGUCCCGACGAACGUCGACUGAGCGUGAGUGCGGAAGGUUUAAUUCAAACUACACAGGAGGAAACGUUCAAGACAAAUUCAUCGAGGCCGGGUAGCGCGACAUCUUCUGACAUUUACAAACAUCGGGAACAUGGUUCGCCCCUGAGCAGAUCCACUACUCCUUCUUCUGGAUUAUUUUCAUCUCCUUCGCCAUCUAACGACAGAAAAAAUUUGACACCGGAUGGCCUACUUUAUAUGCAAGUAAAGUCACCUGAAGCAGGGAACAAAGUACUGUCUCUACCUGUUUUGAGUUCGUCUGGAACUGGACAAAUAAUCACACAUCAGACUGGACAGAAUACUAAAUCUAACGAGCGUCUUGCAUCAAAGACGUCCCCGGGUGAAGUGAAUAGCAGACGUGCGAGUCGACGACAGAAACCACACGAGAAACUAGCUAAGAAACUUUCGGGUGGAACCCCGCAAACCGACUUUGCAUCUACAAUACAACCAGCUGCAGAACAUAUAAUCAACGGAGAAAUUGGAUGUGUGAAUGUGCAGUCAAAAACGGCAAACCGUAAGGUUUCAUUGACAACUUCCAAAGAACCAGAAGUUGCCAUGGUACAAGUGCUGGGUCAAAUGGCUCCUGAAAGAGAAAAAUCUUGUUGCAUGGUUUGCAAAAGUCGAGAAGAAAAGAUCAAAGCAGAUUACGACAGAAUGAUUCUGUUCUCUAAAAAAGACAGAGAUGACAAGCACGCAAAAAUAGAAGAAUUGCAUCAAGAAAUUAAAAAGUUAAAAAAUGAAACAGCUUCUAUGAAUACAAUAAGAGCGCUGGAGGAAGAGAGGUCACAAGAUAAAAUUGCAAAAGAAAUUCAAGGCAAGGAGAUUGUUCGUCUUGAAAGUCUCGUCGAAACAUUGAAAUUGAAACUGUUGGGAAUGGUAAACAGCAGCGAAGUUACAACAUUGCAAGAUUUGAGAAGAAAAGAUCAUCAAACUAUUGAUAAAUUGAAAAGCGAAAUUGAUACAAUCAAGCUCCAAAUGAAAGAAGAAUCAGAGAAACACAAGAGAGAAAUUAUAAAUAAAAACGAAACAAUUAAAAGGGUGGAACGAGAAAUGAAUCAACUUCGAAAAGAAGUAACAGAUAAAGAAAAAGCGUUGCUGGAGGUCAAAAAACAACACGAAGAAAGGGUAGUUGUUGCAUCAGUAGAAUUGCAGAAAAUACAGGCUCGACAUGAAUCAAUUAUUAAUGAAUUUACUUUAAAACUUGCCAACUCUGCAAAGGAAAUAACUAAAUUGAAAGAGUCGGAAACUAAGACGUUUAAACAAAGACAAGAUGAACGAGAUAACUUGGAGCGUGAACUUGCACUCGCGAAACAAAACGCAUCACACGCACAAGCAGAAUUGAAAAUUGCACAAGGAAAAAUAAUUUCACUCGAAAGAGAACAAAGAAUGACAAAAUCUUCAGGAUUCAACCCAAUGACAAGUUCAAGGCAUUCCCUGAGAAGAAAUAUGGAUUUCAGAGACACAGGAACAGCCAUGUCAAAUUCCCCGGAUUUAGAAAGAGAUGGAGCAUGUGUAAGUUGCGGACGACAGUUGAAUCGUCAAGACUUUUCGACCGAUAUCAACAGAGAUGAAGAAUUACGUAUAUUGCUGCUGCAAGAUGCAAGGAAUAGAGAAGUUCUGAUUCAAUUAAAACGAGAGAGAAAUCUUUUAUGCGACGUUAUGAAGAUAAUGUAUUGUCGUCAGUGGUUUUUAGACGAAGCAGAGCCACAUGUGAAACGAACUUUAAGAAGAGUUGGCAUCGAUACCAGAUCUCUCGGCACUUUGAGGAAAAAAUCUGACGUGAGAGAGAUUCAGUAG